AGUCUCCUUUCCUCCUCUCUGGCUGUCUGUCUCUUCCAUCUUCCUCUGUUUCUGUCUAGUGUUUAUAACACAGAGAAAAGAAAAAGAAAGCCUAGAAAUUUGCGUCCAACAAAUGGCUCGGCUACUCUCCCCUGUAUGUACAGAUGCUCUGAAACUCCAUAACCCAUCUUUAAACAUGAGAAGAAGAAGCUCAUGGAAGGCCAUGGCUAAGACUGGAGCUUCUUGGAGCUUGAUGGGUCAUGGUGGCCUAAGGAGAGGCCUUGGCAGAGUCAAGGCUACUGCAGGGAAUACUGCCUCUACCACAGGGAAUACUGCCUCUACUGAUUCUCUUGCCGACGAUUAUUAUGCUGUUCUUGGUCUGCUUCCGGAUGCUACACAAGAGGAGAUUAAAAAGGCCUAUUAUAAUUGCAUGAAGGCUUGUCAUCCAGACUUAAGUGGCAACGAUCCAGAGACUACAAAUUUCUGCAUGUUCAUCAAUGAGGUCUAUGGGGUUCUCAGUGAUCCCGUACAGCGCAUGGUUUACGAUGAAAUUCAUGGCUAUGCAUUGACCGCAAUCAAUCCUUUUAUGGAUGAUUCCGCCCCAAAAGACCAUGUAUUUGUCGAUGAGUUUAGCUGUAUAGGCUGCAAAAAUUGUGCCAAUGUCGCCUGCGAUGUUUUUGGAAUUGAGGAAGACUUUGGACGAGCCAGAGUUUGUAGUCAAUUUGGGAAUCCUGAAUUAGUGCAACAGGCAAUAGACAGUUGCCCAGUUGAUUGCAUCCAUUGGACUUCUGCAGCACAAUUAUCGUUGCUUGAAGAUGAAAUGCGCAGGGUUGAAAGAGUUAAUGUAGCAUUGAUGCUUUCAGGAAUGGGAUCAUCAUCAGAUGUAUUCAGAAUGGCAAGUUCUCGAUGGGAGAAGCGGCAGGCAAAAGUGUUGGAACAAGCUAAAGUAAGAAUGAUGCAGCAGAAAGAUGCUGGUAAAACCGAUUCAUACUGGUCCGACCUCUGGGGCAAACCAAAAGAAUACAAGAAAUCAGAAGAGGAAGUGAAAGAGAGAGCAAAAAGGGCUGCAGCUGCAGCAAGAAGAUGGAGAGAGUAUUCGAGGAGAGGUGUGGACAAGGCUCCCACAAUUAAACUUCCAGAGGCUCUCUCCAACAAAGAUAAUUAAAUUUAACCCACU